AUGACUACUGACGACAUAAUCUCGCUCAAGUCAAGGCAAAAGCGCCGUCUCUAUGAACCCAUAGUCCUGUACAAGGCUCUCACUGAGAUCACCCACGAACAAGGCACUCUUCGCCCUGCUGAGGUCCCAGAUCGUCCAAGAACCGAAGAAGAGCGAUAUUAUCACUUUCUUCACAAACUAGCCAGUAUCUGCGAUAGCACAAAAGGCGGCAAGACCGUCACUUCAAUCGCUAUACUCGACGAGGAAGAAAAGUACAAAUACGUCUUUGCUUGCAAUCAGAUCUCCGAUGGAGACCUCAACGACACACGAGAUCUCCUGACAACGGUUCUGACAAGUCUGUGUGACUUCCAUACAUUUCCUCUGGCGAAGAAGAACACUGUUCAGAGUGAAAUUCUGAAGAAGAUUCUCUCAUUCAACUCGCCUAGGAUCAACUUCUAUCUGAACGUACUGAAGGCGAGGAACAUUGCGGAUUGCUUGGAAUACUGCCAGCUGCAAACAGACACAGCCGGCAAGUUAGACUGUCCACAUAUGCCAAGAUGCAGAAUAAGGCUAACAAGCGAUAUAGACACCUCGGUUGAGGAGGGUUUGAGGACUCUUGGUAGUGUUAUCGAGGAUUUAACAUUCAAGAACAUGGGCGAUAACGAGUACUUAGAAACUUACAGCACGAUUCAGUUUGUGCUCGACAGGUUUCUUACCCGUGACGUUAAGAGCUACAUCGACAUACGAGCCACCAACGGCCGCUUCAGCGAAGGCCGGAGCUUCGUAUGCUGGUCUGAGUUGCGACACAGCAUAUCACGUCUUCAGAGCUACAAGAAAACUGUUCAAGAUCUCAUCGCAGCAGAGACAGAAUGGCCAGAUAUCUUCCAGGAGUUCGAAGUUGUUCCAGUAAAGUCCAGCCAGGCAGAACCCAACCCUCUUGGCAAGAAGAGCGAAAAAGCUUCCAACAUCAUCGGGCGUAUGAGCAGCAACGAAGCUUCACGACAGCAAUAUUGCGAUCUUGCAGAGAACCUGCAGAGGAUGUUUGACUUAGAUGACCGUAUACAAACUCAGUGCACCAAAUUUACUUUCAGGCCAAUCGUACACUGCGAAAUAUUGGUUCUCGAGUGGAUAAUGGCCCUCAACCGAGGACUGGCCCGGGAACAUCAUCCAAGGGUCACUUUCUUCCAUGACUGGAGCUACAUUGGGAGCAGUAAGCCGGCAUGCCAGCUUUGCCGCUACUACUUCGACACUGCAGGCCAACACAACGGUAUCCGCACUCGAGCAGGCCAUGGUAACCUUUACAUCAACUGGCGGUUUCCAGAUCUUCACGAAUCCGACGGGACUUUAGGUCAAAAACGACGACAGAGCAUCUUCAACUCAAUGAUAGAGAAGAUUCGGCAGGAUGCUUUUGGGAUCUUGGUCCUGAGGAACUCCGAGGGUAAAAGGCAUGACUCGAGCACUCACCCUCUUAUGUCGGUGCGGUAUACGGAUGUUCAGACGGAAUUGAGUGUUGGUGAUCUGCCCGAUGUCGAGGAACUGGGCGAGGGUUUUGCUACGGGGCUCAGUCUGGACUCGCCGAAUAACAGUCCGGAGGAGUCGGACUUUGAUGAUGAGGAUGGUGGAACUAGUCUUUGA